GCCGGGCGAAAAGCUGCCUGUCGGAACUGUGGCUUUUUAAACAAGAAAACGGGAUGGAGAUGUAUAUCAUUUCAGUCAUUUUAGCAAGUAUCCUCAUCGUACCAUUCACUCUCAAAACUUUUUCUCCCUAUCUGUGGAUGGAUAUUUUGUACAUCGGGGAUCUGCUGCGGAUUCUAGUGAGGUUCGUAUCAAGGCGAAGGAGGAGACCUUUCUUCUUCGUCUUGGAUCGUUUCUUGGAGCAGACCGCCGCGCAUCCAGACAAGCCGUUCGUUGUGUUUGAGGAUGAACGGUACUCGUACGCCCGCACGGAGAACAGGAGUAACAAAAUAGCCAACGCGCUCCAGGCUCACCCGGGUUACCGAGCCGGAGACACCGUCGCACUCUUCAUGGGGAAUGAACCCGCCUUCCUGUUUACCUGGCUGGCUCUGGCUAAAUUGGGCUCUCCCGUGGCUCUUCUCAAUCACAACAUCCGCGCCAAGUCCCUGCUGCACUGCUUCAACUGCUGCAAGGCCAAAGUGUUGAUAGCGGCGUCAGAGCUACGAGAGGCAGUGGAGGAUGUGCUGCCCUCGUUGGUAGAGCAGGGCGUCACUGUCCUCCUGAUGACCGAACACUGUGACACACCGGGAAUCGAGAGCUUCUCGGAUAGAGUGGAGGAGGCGUCAGACACCCCGCUCCCUCCAUCCCUCAGAUCACACAUCACAUUCAAAAGUCCUGCAGUUUAUAUUUACACCUCUGGAACCACAGGUCUCCCUAAGGCAGCCGUGGUCAAUCAAAACCGCCUCCUAAAAGCUCUGGCGGUUUUAUCUUCAAACGGAGUGACGCCCAGUGAUGUCAUCUACCUCAACCUGCCUCUGUAUCACACAGCUGGAUUUAUUGUAGGCUUAAUUGGCUCCAUUGAGACAGGGUCAACUAUCAUUCUGAAGAGGAAGUUUUCUGCCUCUCAGUUUUGGGAUGACUGCAGGAAAUACAGUGUCACUGUUAUCCAGUACAUUGGAGAGGUGAUGCGUUACCUCUGUAGCACACCAAAGAGAGAAAAUGACAAGGACCAUAAAGUAAGACUGGCCAUUGGUAAUGGUAUCAGAGCAGACAUAUGGAGAGAGUUUCUCAGUCGCUUUGGGAACAUUCAGGUCUGUGAGUUCUAUGCCUCCACUGAGGGAAAUGUGGGAUUUGUCAACUAUGCGGGGAAAAUUGGAGCUAUUGGACGUGUCAACUUUUUGCAUCGGAAGCUGUUCCCCUACACCCUUAUUAAGUAUGACACAGAGCGAGAUGAACCAGUUCGAGAUGCUAAUGGCCUCUGCGUGGAGUCACCCAAAGGCGAGACAGGACUGCUGGUGUCGAAGAUCACAGACAUUGCUCCUUUUGUCGGCUAUACCCAGAAUGAAGAACAAACAGAGAGGAAAAGACUUCGUGAUGUUCUCAAGAAAGGAGAUCUUUACUUCAACAGUGGAGACCUAAUGAGGAUCGAUCAGGACAACUUCAUUUACUUUCAGGAUCGUGUAGGUGACACAUUCAGGUGGAAAGGUGAGAAUGUGGCCACAACCGAGGUGUCUGACAUCCUGACGAUCAGUGAUUGUCUCAAAGAAGCCAACGUUUACGGAGUCCAAGUGCCAGGGCAUGAGGGGCGGAUAGGAAUGGCAGCUGUUACUGUGAAGGAAGGCGCCGAGUUUGAUGGAAGUAAACUAUAUAACCAUGUGGUCAGCUACCUGCCCUCAUAUGCCCGACCUCGCUUUAUAAGGAUACAGAAUAUCGUGGAGGUAACUGGGACCUUCAAGCAGAUGAAGAUGAAGUUAGUGGAAGAGAGUUUUGAUCCAGAACGUAUCCGGGACCCUCUUUAUAUCCUCGAUGAUAAUGAGAAGCGCUACAUACCGCUUACAGCUCAGAUCUACUGCUCCAUCGUAUCAGGAAGCAUCAAACUAUGAGAGUUCACCAAAUGUGCAGGCUUUUCAGACCGGCUGCAAUGAUACGUUUAAUAAUUGAACUUACAGCUCAGGGACUGAAAAAAAUCUCAAAAUAUCAUUUAUGCGUGGUAAACUAAUAUGUAUGCAUAAACACCUUUUAUCAAAAGCAGUACAUGGGAAUGAGUACGUUUAGGAUUCAUGUCAGGGGCUAGAGUCAGCCUGCAAGAGGAGGAGGGAGUUGGAUAAUAUAAAUGAUAUAUUUACUGACAAGUGUUAUUAUAAAUAGUAUGUUUACUACUAUUUACAGUCCUCAUACUGCUUUCGUGUAUGAGGAUUGCUGCUUUUACAGUAUUCAGUCUAAUAAUGGUGCUGAGAAGUGUUGCUGCUGGUGGCACUGUUGCAGCAAAGACACAAUAUGGAUAAAAAGAUACUGUAGUUUAAUGAGAUGCUUCUAACAGUCUUCAUGGAGAAAAAAAACCGUAAGACAGUGGCUACUAGACUUUAUCUCACAGGUAGUAUCUGAUAUAAUACUUUGUUUUUUAGGAAAGACAUAAGUAGCAAAAAAUAUAUGUAGAACAGAGCCUAACACAAAUUGUAUUUUUAUGUGCAAAUAUCUAUAAACAUAAAUUACUUUCCUAAACAUUGAAGUGAUUCCUAUUGUAAAACCAGAACUAGUUGUCACGUGUAUGUCUGCUUUCAUUUUGCUCAUCAUAGCUACAACAAUACGGAGACAAAUUUCAGGUGUAACGGACGUGGGAAACCACACGGUAGAGACAAAUCCACACGCUACCAGAGUCUCUCCUCAGUGUAGCAGGGAUAUAAAUUGCCAGAAUCAAUACAGCGACAAAGACGUUGAACAAAUUAACGGGGACACCUGAAGAUUACACCCAUUUGUGAUUGGAGAACAUCUUCAUGGGCAUCAAUUAGCUGCGAUAACAGCCACCCCUCCUCUCGGAAGGUUUUCCACAGUAUUUUGGGAUCUGGCUGCAAGGAUUUGCUCCCAUGCCGAGGCACUAAGAUUCCUUUUUAGGUGGAACUAAGGACACCAAACUAUAAAAAACAGCACCAGAACAAAAGUACGCAGAAGUGUAUGGACAAGGGGGGGUCUUCAUCCAUUUUUCCAUGCAUGCUUUUGUGUUAAUUAUCUACUGACCUGCCAUUUGAAGCCUAUGAAAACAUCAACAUCAGAAUAUCUCAGGGGACUGUACUGUUGUUGCGUAACUCUAGCGUAAUACACACUGUGUCUCAACCAUCCCGCUGGAGGGGAGGGAGGUUUUAUUCUUUACCAAUCAGUUUGCUGCUAAAAGAUUCACAGGGAGUUCAUCUUUGAUUUGAUAACUCUAAGGUCAUCUAACUUGUUUUCACUUUCACUGCUCUGCCACAAAGUAAUAAUUUUAGGCAGUAAGUAUAGUUUUCUCAGUUCUCACACUAAUUUAGGUUUAAAUUACGUCUCAGCGACAAUGAAUGAUUUUUGGAGCCUUUGCUGAGGUUCACAAUAGGGUUGUUAACAAAAGCCCUAUGCUUUCUAAAGUCAUUUUACUUUGUAAGGUCAUUUUGAUUUAUUACACAAGGGCAUUUUUCCAGCCUCGCUAUAAA